AUGGGGAUGCAGGGGCUGGGGAUAACUUUUCUGACUUUGCCUCUCGUCGUGCGAGCAGCCGCGGGAGGGCAGUGGUGUUACGACUCGCAGGACCCCAAAUGUGGCCCCAGCCACUGGAAGGAGCUGAAAGCCACGUGUGGCGGCGACAAGCAGUCCCCUGUGAACAUCGACAGGCGCCGGCUGCAGCGGGACGGUGGCCUCGGGGACAUCCUCUUCGAGGGCUAUGACCAGGCCCCCCCGGGCAUGUGGAGGCUGGCAAAUGACGGGCACACGGUGAUGCUGAGCCUGGCAAGCGAGUCAGCCUCUGAGCACAUCACCAUCAGCGGCGGGGGCCUCCCCGGCAGGUACCGCGCACUGCAACUCCACUUCCACUGGGGCAGCCCAGCUGGGAACGGCUCCGAGCACACCCUCGAUGGGCACCAGCUCCCCAUGGAGCUGCACAUUGUCCACAUCAACGUCAAGUACCGGACGCUGGCAGAGGCCAAGGGGCAUCCCAACGGGCUGGCCGUCCUCGGCUUCUUCUUCCAGGUCUCCGAAACUCCUAACACCAACUACAACACCAUUGUGGCAGGGCUGAGGAACGUCUCCCACGCUGGGGACUCCGUGGAUUUGGCCUCCACCUUCCGCCUGAGCACCCUGCUGCCGCGCACCGGCCAGCUGUCCGGGUACUACCGCUACCAGGGCUCCCUCACCACCCCCGACUGCAGCGAGGUCGUCGUCUGGACCGUCUUCGAGGAGCCGGUGGAGAUCGGCCAGGAGCAGCUGCGGGCAUUCGUCAGCACCCUCCACUUCCCGGCCGCUGGCCCCACGCUCCUAAAAAUGACCAACAACUUCCGCCCGCCGCAGCCCCUCCGCAGCCGGAAGGUCUUCGCCUCCAGGGCGGCCACGGCCAGCGGCGGGUCCCCGUGCAGGGGCUGCCACCAGCUCCUCUCCCCUCUGCUCCUGCUGGCCCUGCUCGGCCCCUUCUCACCAGCCCCGUAG